CCCAUCAAACACCUUCCGCUUCGAGCUUGACCUCGAUAUCGACUGCUACCUACCCCAACUAUCCACUCUAUCACCUACUCUACCUAGCUCGGACCUCACGAUGCUGAUGCUGAUCCAGACCUUUCACCGACCGGUACCCCAGCUUUACACGCAAAACGGGCAACUAUAAGAUGGCCGAGGACCCAUCGACCGCCAUCAUGAUCAAGAGGGAGAAGGCAGCGACGGAGAACACAGCAUCUCGAAGCCCACCACCACCAUGAAGUCCCUCUCCAUCCUCACCGCCCUCCUGGGCCUUGCCUCCGCCACCGCCAUCCGCUCCGAAGCCCGGCCCCAGCGGACUUCGUACGAUGGCUACAAGGUCCUCCGUGUCGCCGCCGGUGAUGAUGCCGCCAAGCUGAACAAGAUCAUCGCCGACCUCGACCUCGAGACCUGGAAGGGUGCGGCCAAGGUUGGCGGCCACGCCGACGUUGUCAUCCCGCCCACCAAGCUCGCUGCCUUCAAUGCCCAGGCUGAGGGCUUCGAGACCCUCACCAUGCACGAGGAUCUCGGCGUCUCCAUCGCCAACGAGUCCGGCUUCCAGGCCUACGCCGGCACGGCUGACCAGAGCUGGUUCAACUCGUACCACGCCUAUGCCGACCACUUGACCUUCCUCAAGGAUCUCGUGGCUGCCCACCCCAACCAGUCCGAGAUCGUCACCUCGGGCACCUCUGUCAACGGAAACGCCAUCACUGGUAUCCGUUUCUGGGGUAGCGCCGGCAAGGGCGUCAAGCCCGCCAUUGUGUUCCACGGUACCGUGCAUGCGCGCGAGUGGAUCACCACCAUGGUCGCCGAGUACCAAGCCUGGUACCUCCUCAACAACUACGGCUCCGACGCCACCGUCAAGUCCUUCGUCGACAAGUACGAGUUCUACAUCUUCCCCGUCGUCAACCCGGACGGCUUCAUCUACACCCAGACCACCACGCGUCUGUGGCGCAAGAACCGCCAGGCCAACUCGGGCUCCUCGUGCGUCGGCCGUGACAUCAACCGCAACUGGCCCAUCCAGUGGUCCGCCUCGGGCGGCGCCUCCACCAGCCCCUGCGCCGAGGACUACAAGGGCGCCAAGCAGAGCGAUGCGCCCGAGACGACGGCGCUUGCUGCGUUCCUGAACAAGGUCAAGGCUGCGCAGGGCUUGAAGUUGUAUAUUGAUUGGCACUCGUACUCGCAGCUUUUCAUGUCUCCCUACGGCUACACCUGCUCCGCCGUCCCCGCCAAGAACACCGAGUACCAGUCCCUCGCCCGCGGCGCCGUGGCCGCCAUCAAGGCCGUCUACGGCACCACCUUCAACUACGGGCCCAUCUGCUCCACCAUCUACAAGACCACGGGCACCUCGGUCGACUAUGUUUUCGACGUCACGGGCGCCGAUUACUCGUUCACAUUGGAACUCCGAGAUACCGGUGCCAACGGGUUCGUGCUGCCUGCUGCGCAGAUUCUGCCGAGUGGUGUUGAGGCGUGGGCGGGGGUGAAUUAUUUGUUGGCUAAUAUGAAGUAAGGGGGUUGGUUCACUGUCUCUUGGUAGAUUAGUGAAUGGUGAGUGAGGUGUGCUUUGGAACGGGGGGAGGCAUGGAUGGAUGCUUUGGGAUGUUGGGUACAGGUACUUAUAUAAGGGUUGGGAUAAGUGCCCUUGUUGAUACUGGCUGGCACUGGAUACCUACCUUACCUUACCUGACUGAAUAUACAUAUCUCCCCGGGGGUUCCCAUUCACUUACCCACCUCUACCUAUCAAACACGACUCGUGGAUGCCUGUAUACCUACCUAUCCUGUCUACUUGACAUGCAACUUCCAUGCUGAUUCAGCGCGCGAAGCUUUCUAGAGCGCUAUUUAUUACCCACUCGUUGAUGUGAAGAAACAAAA